CUUCACUUGAGCGCGCGUAUUAGGCAUGAGAAAUUAUCUGUCCAAUUUUGGUUUUGGAUUGCACGUAGACCGCCUGAAAUAUGAAAACAGUCGCAUUAAUAAGUGGAGGGAAGGACAGUUGCUACAACAUGAUACAGUGUAUUUCUGAAGGCCACAGCAUUGUUGCACUUGCCAAUCUAAAGCCAAAAGACAAAGGGUUGCAGCCAAAACAUCAUCUUGGUAAAACCUUGUCAGAAAUGAGGGAUUAUUUGCAUAAAAAGAAUGCAGAGUUUGAGCUGAAUGUUUGUGGAGAAGGUGGGGAGUACGAAACUUUUACAUUGGAUUGUCCAAUAUUUAAGAAGAAAAUUGUUAUAGAUGAGAUGGAAAUGGUUAUACAUUCAGAUGAUGCAUUUGCUCCUGUUGGCUACCUCAAUCUGAAAAAAGCUCACCUUGAAGACAAAAAAAUGGAUCCAAGUCAAUCUCAACUGGACUUGAUAAAAGGCCUUCCAAUUAAACAUAGCAGAUCUCUUUUAGAUGAAUUAUUUCCAAACAGAUCAGAAUUAAGGUGUGUUCAGUGUGAAAAAUUACAACGCCAAAAAUCUAAAGACACAGUAACAGGUUCAAAGAAAGCUGAAGUUACUAGAAUGAAAAGUGCCGACUCAGACUGGCGUCAUAUCUGGGUAACCAAUCUAAUGGCUGUACAGAAAGAUGAAGAUGUUGAACAGUUAGCCAGACAGACUAUGGAUAAUCUUCAGGAACUGAUAAAACCUCUAAAUAUGUCAGAUCUAGUGUUGAUGCACCUCUAUGUGAAAAAUAUGGCUGACUUUGCUGCUAUAAAUGCUGUUUAUAAAACGUACUUUGGAUUGAAUCCAGCAGCUAGAGUUUGUGUUGAGGCACAACUACCUGACAACGUUGCUAUGAUGUUAGAUUGCUAUGGAAACAGUUGUCAUAGUAACAGGGAAACUAUGCAUGUUCAAGGAUUGUCACACUGGGCACCUGCGAAUAUAGGACCUUACAGUCAGUGUACCAAGGUAGGCAAUGUAUGCUAUGUAGCUGGUCAGAUAGGAAUGGUACCAGCUAAUCUUGCCCUGAUAGAUGGUGGUAUACACUCUCAGACUAGACUAAGUCUUCAACAUGUGAACAGUGUUCUCUCAGCCAUGUGUUCUAGUCGCUCAAUAUAUGAUAUAAUUACAUGUGUAUGUUAUGUAACUCAUCCAGACUAUAUUCCUAUAGCCACACAGGAAUUGGACUGCACGAUAAAGGACCCAUCUUGUAUGCCUGUUUAUGUAGUAAUUCCACAAUUACCAAAAGGAGCUCUUAUAGAAUGGCAAGCUGUUGCUAAAACUGAUGUACCUAAACCAUUACAAGUUGAAAGGAAUACAAACUGUAAAAGAUCUAUGUACACAUCAAAGGCAAGGAUGAUCAAAUCCUCUGAAGCUAUACCUCUGUCUCUGGUUAUUUCUUUAUAUAAAAUAGAAGGUAACGAUAUUGCUGACAUUAAUCUUGAAUCAGUUAUAGAUGUUUUAGAGGAAACAAGAGGGAUGUUUACAGACAUAUCUAAAGAGACCAGUGAUGCUGAAAGCCAGAUAUCUAUGAUGAGAAUAUUUUAUCAAGCAAAUGUCUUCAACUAUGAUACUUUAUAUGAAGGUAUGCAGAGGAGAUUUAGGAAUAGACCUGUAGCGUUGGUUCCUGUGAUACAACUAGAAACUAUGGAUAUAUUGUUAAGUUUGUGUGAAACAUUCAACUAGACAGCUGCGUGACAAUAAGAGAACAAUAGACCAAUUGAUUUAAAAAAUGUGUGGACAUUUAACAAACACCAAUUGGAAAGCAAUGCAAAUAAGUAGGCAGUUCAAAAGUGAAACAGUGAUUAGAUAAAACAUAAACUUCCAGGGAGAAUGAACAUGCCAGACUGUUUGUGUAAGAUAUUUACAUUUUUGUCCUAAACAAAAACAUUGAUAUGGACGGGGUAAGUAAUUUAGAUAUAGAAAACAUGUUGAUUUACUGUUGAAAUGUUAUCCAUCUUUAGUUUAAAUUUUUUAAGCUUAUCAUAGAAA